UGAAACAGAAAUUACAUUCUCAAAAUAACAUGGACAAACCUCCAAACCUCUUGGCAAAUGUUCGCAACAGAAUGGCAUUUCACAUUCAUUUCAUCAAAUGGCAAAUGCCUUAGUACAUGUCUCAAUUGUCUCAAUGCAUCUUUGCAAAUGAUUAAGUACAAGUAGCCUACAGUUAUACAGUUAGCCCACAUUUAGCACAUUUUCCAAAUGAAUAGAUCCUGUAGAUCUAAACUGAUUAGUUGAUUCCCAGUCUAAUGAUCAUUCUCUCCAAAACAUGUCAGCAUGAUUUCACUGUAUAAGUACUUGCAUGCACAACUGUCUGUUCAAUUGUCAAAAUUGGUCAAGAACACAAUACCAUGAAUACCAUAUAUGAAUUUCUUUGAAUAUUUGAUAAAUUGAUGACAGUCAUUGACAGUCAGGUGAAACUAGACUAACGAAGGGGGAGUGUCACACACAGGUGUGUUCCACGAUUGUGCGCUGCCAAACACAGAUAUAUAGAGCUUGACCAGAGCCAGUCCGAUCUCUGAACAUGGAUAGACAAGGCCAAGCAAACGGAUAAGGGGAAGUUCUUCCUCAAGGAAGAGGAGGACUGAGAAUGCGUGGUGGAGGAAUAGGGGGAAGAGGCCGAGGUGUGCGAAGACACUGUGCUGUCCCGAAUGAAAUUCGGGCCACAAUUAUAGACCAUGUCAUAAACCAUGGCCUCACAAUGGCAGGUCGUCGAGUGCAGCCUAAUGUGCCUCACUCUACAGUCUCCUCCAUCAUCCAAACCUUUCGCAGGGAAAACAGGAUUGGACAACAACCUCGCGUGGGUGGCAGAGGAAAACUGCUCAAUGAACAACAGGAAAGAGAGAUUUGUAACAUGGUGAUGGCAAAUAAUGCCAUCACAUUGAGACAGAUCCAUGAUGCCAUCCUUCAGGACAAUCAUACAUCCCAGAAUAUAAACACAAUAAGCAUCUCCACGAUAGACCGGGUUUUGAAGAAGCAUCAGAUGACAAUGAAACAAAUCUACAGGGUACCAUUUGAGAGGAACUCUGACAGAGUGAAGGAGCUGCGCUACCAGUAUGUAAAUAGAAUAAUGGCAUUGGAAGGACAUGAGACCCCUCACAUCCUGGUGUUCGUGGAUGAAGCUUCAACCUGGCCAAGGGCCGAAGACGUGGCCGUAAUAUUAUUGGCCACCGGGCCACAGUGGAUGUCCCAGGUCAGCGAGGGGCAAUAUAACUAUGUGUGCUGCCAUUUCUGAAAAUGGUGUGGCCACUCACAUCCCCAGUCUUGGCCCAUACAACGCACACAAGCUCCUCAUCUUCUUGGAUCGCCUUUAUACCGAUUUUAUCCCUGAAAAUGAGAGCGGUCUCAUAGGGCCUCACCUACCCAUUUAUGUAAUUGUGUGGGACAAUGUCAAUUUCCACCAUAGCCCACUCAUUAGGGGCUGGUUUGCAACGCAUCCAAGGAUGGUCAUGGGCUUCCUACCACCUUACUCUCCUUUCCUCAAUCCGAUAGAGGAGUUUUUCUCUGCUUGGAGGUGGAGAGUGUAUGAGCAUCAUGCUCAGGAUCAGCCGUCCCUGCUCCAUGCUAUGGACGCAGCGUGUGAUGACAUUACAGGAGAUCAAUGCAGGGGAUGGUUGCGGCAUGCACGCCGUUUCUUCCCUCGUUGCAUCGCAAGAGAAAGUAUCCGCUGUGAUGUGGACGAGAAUCUGUGGCCAGACGGACAACAGCGUGUAAAUAAUCAGGAGGGUGAAGACAGUGGACAAGAGCGGGAGAAUGAGUACAGCGACCACUGAAUAAGUCCUUGUUUUUUGAUUUUGUGUUCAUACAAUUUACUACUGUAAUGUACAUUUUCUUUUUACAUAUG